AUUUCUUAUCUAUGGGAGCUAACCUCGAAUAAUGGAAUGUAUUUCUAACGACGAAAUUAUGGCUAAUGAAAGAAAACUUAUUUCUAUCUAAUCAUUAAAUAGUGAUGUUUUACGAAAAAAUCUACAUUAAAAUGGCUGAUUGUGUCUGACGUUUGACGAAAUUGAGAAGUAAAAUGUAUGAAAAUUUUGACUAGAAGUUUUUAGUUACCAUUAAAGACGUUAACUAGUGAAAUUAAAAGAAAAUGUACUGCCUACAAUGGUUAAUUCCUGUGUUAUUAAUACCAAAACCAGUUAACCCAGCUUUAGUCCAAACUCAUGUUAUGUUCAUGGUCCUGUAUUUAAUUGGUUUCUUUUUGGAACGAAAACCAUGCACUAUUUGUAGUUUAGUUUUUUUGGCUGCAGUGUUUCUGAUAUGCUAUAGUGGCGUUGGGAACUGUUUGAUAUGGGCAUCAUCAUGUGAAAACGGUUAGAAAUGCUGGAUACUGUCGAUGUUGAUUAUCCCAAGUGGAACAUUCAUUUUUUGUUGCUUAGGACGUUAUCAAGAAGAUAAGCAAUAAUUAACAAAAACGAACUAAAUUAACUAAUUAUAUAGUGAUUGAUAUGCCUGCAUGUUAAGUCGUUUUAUUUUUGUUACAAUAUGAGGCAUUCCACAUUUGAUUGUUGUAAUUUUACAAAUUUGAGAUACAUGCUGUGACAAACUUGUUUUAUUUUUUGAAUUGCUAAUUUAAGUAUUAAUCAUUUUAAGGAUAAUGAUUGUUAUAUAUAAAUAAAUACUUGUUAACGAAA